AGCCUUUUUUUGAGUUCAGAAAACGGGCUCGUGGCAAGCUUUGCCCUGCGAUGACGAUGCGAAGCUGCGUGAUCAGCUUGGUGGUGCCCUUGGUAUGUGGGACAUGCCUUGACAGCGGCAUCCCGCCCUCUGAGCGGAAGAACCUGGAGAAUGCAAAUGGUGACUCCUAUCCUCUUGGCAUCUUCGUUCCGGAUUGGGCUGCAUCAUGGGCAGCCAAUGUUCUGGUGGCAACAAUCGUUGAGGAGAUUUUUGGCUACAACGUGAGCCUUGUGAAGGGCACCGGCACCGUGAGUGGCUUCUAUGCCGUCAGCGGCUGUGUGGAUCCGACCGCGGUGGGCGAUCCUGGCUGUGGCUCAGGAAAUGUCACCAAACAUCACAUUGUGAUGGAGGCUUGGACAGCUGGCUACCCUUUGGUGUGGGAGACGCUUCAGAACGAAUACGCAGGUGUUGCAGCGAAGAACUUGGGAAACAUGGGAUAUGAGGGUCUCACCUCGACCUUCAUUCCGAAGCCCGUGCAACAGGAAGCAUACCGGACGCAGGGAAUGGCCUUGCAAUACUUCAAGUACUGGAAUGCCUCUUGGUACCAGCCUUCCAAAUACUUUGAGUCCAUCUCAGUGAUUCCCUCUGGGCUGACCAAACUCUGCAGCGACUCGACGUCUGUGAUGACUGAUGAUGCAACCAUGCGGAGGCACAUCGUCUUCACAGGAGAUGUUGAUGGCUUGGUCUAUGACAGCACUUCUGAUUCAUAUUCAGCACGCUGUGAUGAUGGUCAUUGGUGGCUUUCACCUUCUUGCCGAUCGAACUCUACACUUUGCGUUCCCUUCAUCACUGGGGGUGUUGGUUGGGGCAUUGAAGAGCUGAUGCAGAAAUCGACCAAAUGGAACAUGCCCAUGGCCCUUGGUGUGGCAGCAUCCUGGAGCGCUUACACGGAGUUUCCCUUUCUGCAUCCGAAAUCUCACUUCUAUUGGUGGAUCCCAGAUCCCACCUUUCUGGAACUGGAGCCGCUUCAGGUGAUCUAUCCACCAACCGACCGAAGAGCUUACAGCAGUGGUGACAUGUCGACUGCAGCAAGUGGCAUUUCUGUUGACAAGCACGUCAGCCGAGACUUGAGCGUUCUGGCACCCAAUGUUGAGAAUUUUGUGAGCAACAUUUUGGUGACCAUGGCGCAAAUGAAUGCGAUUCUCCUCGACCAAAAAAAUACAUCUGAUAGCUGGAGAGAGACAACAUGCCGUUGGCUACGUUCCAAUCAGAAGGUCUGGCAGUCCUGGAUUCCUGAUGAGAGUCAAUGCUUCCCGGGCUUCGGACUUUAUGACACAGGUCUCGAUGACUUCACAGAUCAUCGGGUGAAUGCCUCUAACAAGAUCGUGUGUCAGGCUUGCCCCUCGGGUACCUUCUCACAGCCCUUGGAAGAUUCCAUUGGCGAGACCUACAUCUGUGUACCAUGUGCCAAAGGAAGAAGCCAACCUCUUGGCGCGGCCACAUCGUGCAGUCUUUGCAAAUCAGGCGAGUAUCAGGAUGAGAUUGGGAGCAAAACUUGUAAGCGCUGUGAGAUUGGCCUCUACCAGGACGAACUGGGAGCUGAAAUGUGCAAGAGCUGUCCAGCUUCCACCACGACCCUGGGUUUAGGAUCGGUCAGCCAAAGAGAUUGCGGUUGCAAAAAAGACACCAUCAACAUCGAUGUGUCAGGUUCUUACAAUUGCGUGCCCUGCAGCGAAGGUUUGACAUGUCCACUGGCAUCCACGCUCGCUGACUUGCAAAGCGGCGAAAGCUAUCUCGGCCAGCAGUACACCCCGAAGGUCCAGGAAGGAUACUUCACCACAGUGUUGGCGCCCACCGAGGUAUAUCGAUGCGGAACUGUUGCGGCCUGCCCUGGUGGCAAGCCUGGCUCAUGCAGUGGUGGGCUCACGAACACGCCCUGCGCCCAAUGCCGUCCAGGCGCGACCUGGACUGGAAACCAGUGCGAAGCGUGUGAAGGUUGGCGCCAAGUCCUGUGGGCCAUGGCCGUGGUCGGCAUCUUUGUCUUCCUGGUUCUUUUGUACUACUUAACCUCAAGCAAGGUUACAGCUAAAGCGACCGUGCUGUUUGCCACCACUGCAUCAUUUGGAAUGCUCGUGAUGUCCAUGCAAAACUUGGGGCUCAUUGGUAUGAUGACGAUUGACUGGCCUGUAGAUCUCAAGGGAAUCUUCAGCGUUUGCCAAUUCCUCCUGCUUGACAUUGACAGCUAUGGAUUCAGCUGCAUUGCAGGCUCUGUCGCGCCGAUCCGAUACCUUCUCAGUGCAUUGAUCUUUCCUGUUGGCGUGGCUUGGUUGGGGCUUUGCUAUUUACUUUCUAAACUCCUGCCGGCAAAUCGCCGCUGGAAUGGGUCCAAGACAGUCAGUACUUGCGGAGCUUUUCUUCAAGUCGGAUUUUCCACCAUGUCAGCAACAUCGCUUGCUCCAAUGAUGUGCUACAAGCACCCGAACGGUUUGAGAAGCGUCUUGAAGUAUCCAGACAUCAUUUGCGGAUCUGACGAGCACACAGCUAUGCUUGUCAUUGGUUGGAUUCUGCUUAUUGUCUUUGUGCUGGGCUUUGUCACCUUGUGCACCUUUGCAGUCUAUCAAGUGCCAACUUGGAGUGCUAACCGCAGAGAUCAUUUGGUGGCAGGGAUUCGCUUCUUGGUGUUCAGAUUUCGCCUUGACUCCUGGUGGUUUGGUGUGCCUUUGCUGGUACGAGGGCCUUUGCUCUCUUUGCCGGUGGUUUUGGCCACUGACUAUCCACCAAUCCAAGUUAUCGCCAUUGCUAUGGUCAUGGCUGGCUUGCUGGUUCUGCAGAUGCUCUUCUGGCCGUGGAAGGUGCCCAUGCUGAACUUGACGGACUGCACUGUCUCCUUCUGUAUCACUUUGCUGGUCACCACGUCGAGCUUGCACCUCGAGAUUGUUGAAGGGCCUAUGAUGCAAUUUGCCGAGGGUGUCUCAACCGCAAUGUUGAGUGGCAUUGGCAUUGCACUUGCCAUCAUGGUCUUGAUGACGGGAAGUGCUUUGAUCUAUCGCUCAGCACUGGGAGGGAAGAAGGAGCUUCGUAUGUUCAACCUGGGGUCGGUUCCCACCUCUGCCAAGCUGGCCAAACGGAUGAAGGAGAUGUCUCUGGAGUUGGAGCGCAUGGAGACACAGGACGUUUCACAUUCGCUUGCAGCUUUGGCCAUCUUCGACAUGAACAAAGUGACCACGGCCAUUACCCUUUUGGCUACCGAGGUGGCCCCACCUGCAGAGGAUGCUGUGACUUACAAGUUCAAUCCGCGCAUCAACUCGUCAUCCUUCGACCCGGCGCUCACCAAGAGCAAGAAAUCCUUGCGUUCAAGCCGGUCAUCCGACGUGCAGGCCAAUCCAGUGGAGGAACUCGACAACCAGCCAAAGACCGAUGUUCCUUUGGAGGUCCAAGAGGACAACACCAACAGAUCGCCCGGGACGCCCGGUGAGGACGAUCCAGUUUGAGGAACUCAUGUCACUCACGUGAUCUUAAGUUUCCCUAAAAGUCUAGGAACCAAAUCAUUAGUGCAAGCGCUUCUUCAAGGGGGUGGCGGGGGAGCUUCCUUGAAGAAGCGCGAGCUAUCCUGCGUCCUGUCGGUAGUAGCUAUUUAAACUACUAGCUAGCUACUACGGCCUACCUCCCAAAAGAAAAUGAAAAGACACAUACAGAACUUUGAGUUUCCAGGUGACCUUCAUCUCUUCCAGGCGAUCACGACUGGCCUCCAGCUGCGUCCACCCGACUCGACGAAAGGAUCCCGUGGCAUCGACGAAGGGGAUGAAGGGAUCCGCACUGAUGGCCUUCGCACCGUCUUGGUUGGUGGACUAUCGGUGAUAUAUAUAUAUAUAUAUGUAAUAAUACACACAGAUGUUCUCCUAUAUCAUCAAGGCCCUCUAUUCCAAGGGUGCUACUCUAUUCUAUGCGUUAUGACCCUUGUCCAUUGUCCAUGGUUGAUCAAUAGAGGGAAGACCGGGAGAGGCAAUGCAGAGGAGGUGCCUUGUCAACCAACAAAAAUCGGCAAAGCGAAUGGAUCAAAACAAAAACACGCAAAAAAGGCGCCCAGAAAAUCCCCUGUCUCAUGUGGAAAGGGUGAACUAACAGUGCUCCCGGACCGACAGGUUUCGGCCUUCCCAACGGGUGGGAAACACUCGUUUCGCAGCGAGCGCGGCUGCGCCUGCCACGACUUCGCUGAAAAGCCACGCCUCCGGACGCGUGAAAUGGGCUUCUUUCGCCAGGACGCUUCCGGACGGCAGGACAUUCCGUCAUCCUGGAUCCUGAUUGUGUCUUUGAAAUGUCCUGCCUGCAUCCUCAUCCUUGCUUGCAUUUGAUGGCGGUGAUGGUCCUAUUGAAGGUGAAACGCUUGGUCCUGUUGUGGAAGUCGAGAAAGCCCCUUUCGAUGAGGAACUCCUCGCUGUCGAUGUGCUGUCAGUGGGUGUUCCAAACGAAUCAAUCCAGGCUGUGCGGAUCCGUUUGGUGCCUAACUCUCUUGUAGCUUAUGGCAUCUCUCACUUGGACCAUUUGGGCAGUGCGAUCCUUGAGCCCAAAGCAGCUUUACAGGCAGCGAAUUAGUGGCAUUUUGAUUCUCCAAAGUGCCAGCUUUGUCGCAAUCCACCCUAAUUUCGCAGAAAUUGAAAUUGAGUGGCCCUAGUCAAGACUCUUUCCACAAAAUCUUCAGGUUUUCGGAAUUCGGACCAGUUUCUUUGUCACUACUAGUGCGCCGUGCGCGUUUUCGGAUGUUACUUUCGUUCUUCAAACCGACCUGGCCACGACCUGGUUGGUGGCUUUCCAAGAUGGCUUUCAACUUUCAAGCAAUUUUUGGCAUCCAGCAGUCACAGAUAGGGUGCUAGUGCUGACCAUGGAGGUUAGGGGUGCCCCUGUCACGUCCACUCACUGGAUGGGACGAACAACACCACCCCGUCGACUCCUGUUUGAAAGCAACUAACAUGACCGUCGUGGCGUGAACUUUUUUUCACACCCUCAUCGCUGCCGGUCGCUGCCGGUCUUCAUCCACCCAGGUCGCGCGGCCAAGAGGUGCUCCAGUCCUCCUGGCUCUGAGCGCAACGCAGCGAGUUCAAGCUGCCGGUGGAGUUGGUUGCCCGAAGCCGUUGGUCGUUUUUCAGCUUGUUCUGGGUUUGUUUCUUGGAACAAGCUGCUUUUUUGGUUUAAGGUUUGGACAACUGGUCAUUUUUGGGGUUUUGUUCGUUUUGCGAGAAUGCGUGGGCAAAAGAUGUUUCAGUUGCCAAGACUCUGCAGAAGAUUGCAGAUACGAACGCGCCACAGGGUGUGAACCUCCACAGUUUCUUCCUGCCAGAUUGUACUCUGACUCGUCCCGUUGUAGAUGGUCAGGGCCCCUGAAGAAGCCUCACAGAUUCGCACUGCUUGGCUUUUGAUCACUCCUGAGAUAGCUUCACAUGGCCUUGGUGUCUAAGCAUUCUGUAAGCCCUGGUCAUUUGGAUACGUCCUAAGCUGUGAGGGGUCUUGAUUCAGUGGCAUUAGAUGGUAUUAGUAUGUCCUUGUUUCUGAUGGGCUCUGCUCAGGACCAAGCCUCAUUUUUCUUCGCAAAUCAAUUCCCAAAUUGCUUGUUUGCGCUCACCGGGCGACUAUCCACUGAACUGGAGCCACUUCGAUUUGGAACAAAGUUCCCGCAAGUUCGUUAAUGCUUGUGGUGUCAGAACCUCUGAGUCGCAUCCAGG